AUGUGCCUGGUCUUCUCGAUAUUUCCAUUGGAAUAUCCCGUCAAACGGAUGAUUGCAGGUGGGAGCUUUGGAGUCCUCGUAUGGGAGACGUCACUAACAAUAUGCGAAAUGCUGACGGAGAUACAAAUCAUGAUAGCGAUGAACACCCUCUUCAUAUCCGACCGCGAUGAUGUCAAUGAUGAUAGAGAUUUCGAAAUGCAUCACACCGAUGCUAGAUCUGAGACUGACGAUGAUUCUGAGGUAGAAUUUACCGCAUUGCACGCCGCAAUCAAGGCCAGACGACUCGAAAAUAUUCAAAUUCUCUUAGAACACGGAGCCGUUAUGUACAUCAGGACAGCUCACGGGUAA